AUUACAUUGCAUUGAGCUUCAUAUGCCGCAGGUCGAAGCGACGGAAUCGCUGCAGCAGCUCGUGCGCGACUAUCUCGCAACGCAAGUGAAGAAGGGACAGCAACUUCAGCAGAAGCACAAACAAGCGACGGCGACGACAACGACGACGACGACGAGUGAUCUGCGCGCCGAGCUGCAGGCGGCACAGUCAGCAUGGGACGAAGCGAAGGCCAAAGCCACCACGACAAGUACCACUGCAACCAGUACAACCAGUACAACUGCGACGAGUACAAGUAGUAAAGAGGCGGUUGAUGAAGCAACGCCAUUGCAAAGACCUGCGUUGCUCAUUGAAUUUGCACUGGUCAAGCGAUUAUGGCAACAGCUCAAGCAAGACCAGCCGGCGUUGACAUUGCACAAGGUGUUGCAUGGCUCGCAGAUCGUUCCCCCAGCCAUGCCUGAAAUUGUUCGAAGCCCCGAACUCGUCGCACGAUUGGCCAAGCUGAAAGUCCUAGUCGAAGAAAAAAACUAUGCGCGAAUGACAAGAGGCCUCACCGCCCACGCCGAGGAGCCAAACAUCAACCCGCUCGAGCUCAAGAAGGUCGAGCAAAUCUUUUCCCUAAUUUUCGGAACGAUUCUGUCCGGUGUUGCCGUGUUUGCUGCAGGCUACAAGGUGUCUGAGCAGGUCUUUCCAGGCAACACGGCCAUGAUGGUCUUGUGCGGCAUGCUGGCUGCGUUCGUUGCAUUGGGUGCUGAGCUGUACUUUAUCAUCAAGUUCUCGUUGUAAUUUCCAAACGAACGAACGAACGAACGAUUAAUUAUCAAUUGGAACAACAAAAAGAAUAAGCAACAAGGAACCAAAACAAAGACAAUCAUCAAGCACGUCUUCACCUAUUCUUCGUUAAGCAAAGAACACGACGAAAACAAUAAAGAAUACUAUCAAAACGGC